UAUCAAUUUGUAAUUGUUUAUAGACAUUUUAAAAAAAUAUCUGGAGCUAAUCCAUAUCCCUCUCUGGAAUGGUUAUUGUGAUAACCAUUUUUUUUUCUUUUUCUUUUCUUUUUUUAUCCUGUUAUUGUGAUAAAAUAUCUUCAAUAAAUCUGUGAAAUCCCAUUAAUUUAAAAAAAGGUUUAUUAUUCAAUUUGUUAAGUAAGUUACAUAAAAACAAAUUAUACCUCUGUGUGUGUGUAUGUGUGUAUUAAACUUGUCAUCUUUGUAGCCAUUUAUCUAUCUGUCUCUCUUUAUCUAUCUGUUAAUUCUUAAUUCUUUGACCUGGAUGAUGAUCCAGGACAGCGAUCUAUGAAGUAACAAGAGAUUCACCCCAUUCCAUAGUUGUGUUUAGAAAAGAUUAGCUAAAUAUUUUAAGCCCAAUACCAAUAGAAAGUAUGACUUUAAUAAGAAAUAAGAUUAUCAAAGACAAACUGAAUUUGUUUUAUAUUGCUUAGCAAGAAUUCUUAUUUUCACCUAGUCAUUAACUGUAUUGCAAGCAAAUAUCUUAGUACUAAUAGAGAAAAUACAUACUUUAUAACUUUAUCAAUAUGAUUCAGUAUGAAUAAGUGUAUUCUGAUGUGUACCUGUAGUUAGAAUAGUGUUAUCUUUAAUGGUAUUUUUGACUCUUUUCUGGUGACAAUGGAGUAAAGUAGGGAUUGUUGCACUAUUAGUCAUAUCUGUGCUAGUUACAUUCCAUCAGCAUUUUCUCUAAAAACCAGCCCUGUGGGUCUGAUCUUGCUUGAUUUAAUAAUUAUCCAGAGCUGACAAGGGAAUGAGGUACCCAUUGACUUCAGAUCUUGCCUUUUACAGGGCUUGUAGUGGUCCUAUAACAGAAAAAACUGGUGGGGUCCUGGCUAUCUGUUUAGUAGACUUUUGGAAUAGAAGGUUGGGCUGAGAUGGGGUCCUGGUCUUGACUUUUUUGUAGGGAUUUUCAUUUGGUUUUUAAACAUUUAUCAAGCAUCUUUUAUGUGCCAGGCAUUGUGCAAUGCUUUAGGAAGAAAACAUCUUCUAUCAGUGUAGAUAGACAAUUGUCCUAUGAUUUUGUAGAUUUUGAGUAUUGCCUGGGGCACUGAAAGUUUAAGUGAGUUGACUACCAUUAUACCACAAAUAUACACUCUUUGAGAACUCCUAUACUACAUUAUUCUGCCUUUGCUUUUUGCUUGAAGGUAGAGGCUACGAAAUAAUGGUUCAAAUAGAAUUAUUUUUAGCUUUUUAAAAUGUCAACAAGUUACCCUAUUUCCUUUAUAUAUAUAUUUUUUUUGAGAAGGGUACUUCUUCCAAGUUUUCAACAAUCUUAUUUGACACAUGAGGAAACUGAGGCUGGACUUGCUGGAAGUUAUAUAAGGAUUAAAUAGGAAGAGCCAUAAUUUAGACAUAUAUGUUCCUUUAUUAAUCUCCAACUGAUUUUAGAAUACUUCUCUCUCCCCUUCCCCCAUGGCUUCUAAUGCAUGUAAUCUUAAUUAUUAUAUGAGUUUUCUGGUACUUAUUAAAAAAUUCCAUUUUCUGUAUAGAUGUUAGAAUUUUAAAGUUACACAGACUAAUAUUGUAGAAACAUACUUGAAGUAGAAUAAGACAAUAAAAGCAAUACAAUUCUUUCUUUGCAGUUCAAAUAAUUUAUCUGGAAGACUAAAAAAAAAAUGCUAUGGGAAAUACAUUUUUUUUUUUUUUAAAUGCCUGUGAAGUUGUUACUUCCAGGAAGAAUUCUGUAAGAUCAGUAAAUUCCUUUAAAAAAAAAAAAAAAAAAGAUAUUUGCUAGUGUUAGGAAGUGCCUGGCACUUACUAAUGCUACAGUUUAUCAUGGGUGUAACAGGAGCAGACAGUCCGUUUUAGAGUCUCAUGCUGGGAAUUUCCAAAAGAAAAAUUAAAGGCAAGGCACCACUUCCUCCAGCUGAGACUAAAUACGUUGAUGUUUCUUCACAUGAGUCAAUAGAAUCCUCUAAUUUCAUCAUGGAACAGAAAGAAAACAUGAUAGAGAAAGACAUUGAGCUCUCUGUGGUUCUUCCAGGGGAUGUGAUCAAAUCUACUACUGUUCAUGGCAGCAAACCUAUGAUGGAUUUGUUAAUAUAUCUCUGUGCACAAUAUCAUUUAAACCCCUCAAGCUAUACAAUUGACCUGGUAUCUGCGGAAAAAGUGCCAAUUAAAUUUAAGCCUAACACACCCAUUGGAAUGCUGGAAGUGGAAAAGGUCAUUCUAAAGCCAAAAAAUCUGGAUAAGAAGAAGCCUACACCAGUGAUACCAGAGCAAACUGUACGAGUAGUAAUAAACUACAAGAAAACACAGAAGACUAUUGUGAGAGUUAGUCCACAUGCAUCCCUUCGAGAACUCACUCCUAUUAUCUGUAGCAAAUGUGAGUUUGAUCCUUCCCACACCAUAUUGUUGAAGGACUACCAAUCUCAGGAGCCUCUUGACCUGGCCAAAUCUUUUAAUGACCUUGGACUACGAGAACUCUAUGCGAUGGAUGCCAGCAAAGCUCCUUCUGUUACUGACUUCAGUUUAUCAUCUUUACAAGACUCCUACCAAAUAUCUCCAAACCUGGACAGUAUGAAGGAAAAAGAAAAUAAAAAGUUUUUCAGCUUUUUUCAACGCAGCAAGAAAAGAAGGGAACAAACUUCAAGUGCUCCAGCAACUCCACUGAUAAGUAAACCUCGGCCAACUUUUACUAGAUCAAAUACCAUUUCUAAACCAUAUAUUUCAAACACACUGCCAUCUGAUGUGCCAAAAAAGAGGAGAGCUCCUUUGCCUCCAAUGCCAACUUCUCAAAGUGUCCCCCAGGAUCUUGUACGUAGUCAGACAAGACCUGCUUCCUGCAUAGUGAAAUCCAUUAGUGUGGAUGAAACAAAUAAGGACCUUUCUGGAGCAGGGAUAGUGAGGACAGGAUCUUUCCAGCUCAGCAAUACAUCCUCAACUAAUUCAUCUUUGAGAAGGACAAAGCGCAAAGCACCCUCUCCACCUUCUAAAGUAUCUCCAGAUCAAAGUUAUGAGACCAGUAAUGUGACAGCACUGAAAUCAGUAGAUACAAUUGCAAGAGAAAGCAUUCCAGAAACAAAUCCUCCUGAAGUGUCACCUGAUUCAGAUGCCUCGCUUUGCUUUGAGCUACCUGAUCAUGAACCCUGCACUACUGUCCUGAUGCUGGCAGAUGACGCUCCUUAUUCUGAUUGUGUUGAAACACCUGAGUUAGCCAUAACAUCACUGAAAUCUGGAAUUACCUCUGAGUUCAGCCUUGAAGAAAUAGAUGAAAAAGAAGAAUUGAAUAUUCUCCACAAGGAAGGCAGUGAAAGUAUUUCUUCAAAAUCACAAAAAAAUUCUUUUAUAUCUAUGGAUGUAACAAAGAAUGAAAAAAAAGAUACCCCAUCAGAACUUGGCAUUAUUUCUAGAGAGUCCCCAGAAAACUCUAAGGAAGAAAAACAAGAAAAUAGAAACACAGAUGGAAAAGAAUUACAGAAUGGUACAAGUAGUAAAGAGGCAGUAACAGAAAAUGGAAGAAACUCCAGAACACUGGACCACAAUAAAAAUAAUGAUCAAAAUGAUAUGACAUUCCUUCCAAUGGAUUUGGAUGAGAAAGUAAAAAAUGAAGUGAAGACAAUAGAAAUCAGUGUAUCUGAUGUUACUGAAAAUAACAAGCUUGAAACCAUCAGGCUAUCAGACUCUCAAGCAUGUAAAAAUGACAUUGCUAUAGAUAACAAGGAAAAUCCUCCAUCACUUUUACAAAUUCAAGAUCAGAAGCUGAGUCAGUCCAUCUUGAAAAAGGUAAAAACUCAAGAUGCAUCAAUUCAAACAACUCAAUCCCCUAACAGUUUGGAAAAUAAUAUGUUAAAUGAAACAGCUGCUCACCUGGAUCAUAAUUUAUCAAACUUUAAAGGUGAUGAAAACAUACAGUUUUCAAAUAACAGUAAAUCAUCUCAAAGGUCAUCUUUCAAAUCACAGGAUUCUAUAGAUCCCUCAAGAGAACUCAAGAACCGGAGAUCACUAAAUGGGCAAGAACAUAUACUCAACCUUAAAGAUACAAGCCCUACAUGUGGCAAAGAUGAUGUAUUUGUUCCAGUGGAUGGGAAUGAUAAAACUCUAACUGAUUCCUGUAUAAAAAAUUAUCCCCUUUAUAAACCUGAUUACAAAACCAAACCAAAGCCUUCUAAUGAAAUUACAAGAGACUACAUACCCAAAAUUGGAAUGACAACUUAUAAAAUUGUACCUCCCAAGUCCCUGGACAUACCAAAAGAUUGGGAAUCAGAAAAUACAUGCUGCAAUAAAAAUGAUAAGGAGAUACAAACUUCAGAAAAUUGCCAACCACGUGAGCUGCUGAAAGAAUCUGCUAUCCAGACAGAUAACCUUAUUUUUGAAGACCAAAGGGAGACACAAGCUAAUAUGAAAUGUGAACCCAAAUUGGGAGGGGAGCAUAAUAUUCAAAAUGAAAUAAGUGUCACCAAUGGGACUGUGUCUUCUACGAAACCGGUCUCCAUAGUAAAUAAAGACAAUGGUCCAACUCCAUUGAUGCUGAAUUUAGAACACCUAAAUAGUAUCAUGGAACCAAAAGAAAGAUCUAAGGGUUUAAGUCCCCAGACGAAACCUAGUUCUUUUUUCCUACAGAUGCAGAAAAGGGCUUCAGGUCAUUAUGUUACAUCUGCAGCUGCCAAAAGUGUCAAUGCUGCUACAAGUAGUGCUCAAAGUGAACUGAAGCAUAAAGAAGUUGAAAAAAAGUUAUCAUCUCCCCAAGAAGAAACAAUAUCUCCUUUAAAUAAGACAGUUAACUUCCAUUCUGAAUUACCUGACAAACAAACUGAUCAUGGCAUCCCUCAGAGACACAAAGAGAUCCCAACUUCACCUAUCAAACCCCCCAAACCAGCGAACCUUCCCUCUAUUCAUCCAGCAGCAAUCACUCUUAAAACCCUGAGGACUUUUGGUGCACCACGGCCAUACACCACUUCCUCUCCUUCUCCUUUUGCACUUGCUGUAGUCAAAAGAUCACAGUCUUUCAGUAAAACAUGUACUGUCCCAAGGCAAUCAUCCAGAGAGGAUCCAUCUCCUUCACCAGCUUCUAAAGAGGAAGAAGAAAAAAAUAAUCCAUUAGAUAAAUUACUGGGAGUUACACAAUCUGAUAAGGAAGGUAGCUGUGCAUACAAUGAAGAGAAAUGCCAGAUACAGCCAUUAACUGACCACCCAUCAUUCACCGUUAAGAGGCAAACUUCUUUAACAUUCCAAAGUGCUGACCCAGAACAGAUUCGACAAAGUUUGCUGACCGCAAUUCGCUCUGGAGAGGCUGCUGCCAAAUUGAAAAGGGUUACUGUUCCAUCCAAUACCAUAUCUAUAAAUGGAAGACCAAGACUCAGCUAUCCAUUGUCCACAGAAACACAGUCUGACCAUUAGAAAUGUUACAUCAACUAUUUUGCACUUUACUACCAUCUUUUACCUAGGCUAACAUAAUACUAAUUGAGAUUUAUUGCAAAUGUAAAUUCAGGUGUAUGUUAAUAUAUAUUGUCUAUUAAAAUGUGUGAAUUUUGUGUGAUGGCUUUUUAUGCCAAGAGAAUUAUUGGAAUAUAUAAUUUAUAGUGAUAUUUUUGUCUGUAUGCCUUAAAAGCUAAAUAUGCUGCUCUAGGAUUUUUAAGACGAGAUGCAGAUGAGUUUCAGUUUUUGAAAUGAAAAAUAAUCACAUUUUGUUGAUUUCAUUGAAUUAUCUGUAGAAAUAUAUUGUACAAUGGUGUUUUAGACAAAAGGAUACAUUUUUAAUAUCCUUAGGUUUAUAAUUAUAUAAGUACUUUAACGUAAUAUAUGAGUUAAUAAAUAUCUGCCAUAUGCUGCCUUGAUGUUACUGUUAAAUUAAAAACUUGUAAUAAGCAUAAAUUUCAACUCUUGCAAUUUACAGAAGGAACUAACUAAAAAUACUGGUGAUAACAAAUGACUGUCUUUGACUGUCAUCAGUUGAACAUUGGUUUUAAUUUUUGAAACAUUUUGUGCUCAAGAUUCUUCUUGAAUUUUUUUUUCCUGUGGGAACAAUGCAAAAUCAGAGACAAAAUGAUGGGAUUCUCUUAGUAUUUUAAUAUCUUAGUAAUUUUUUGCUUUUAAUCUUUAACCUUUGAAAUGCACAAAGAUAAUUUAAAUAUAAAUGUUUUUCUGUAUAUAACUCUUAUAGUAUCAGAGCACAGAUGAAUCUUACAAAAAUACAUGUUUCUUGUACCAGAGGCCUUAAAAUAUCCUUUGUUAAAAUAUUGAUUUAUAGUAAUAGUCAUUUUAUUUUUUGAUGUAUAGGGCCAAAAAAGAUUAGAAUGUGUCUAAAUUAGGCAAUUUAAAAUGUGUCAGCCUAUCUAUCUUAAUUAUAGUAAUGUGAUAUAAUAGUAAGUCUAUAUGAAACUUAUUUAAGAUUAAGAUACUAUUAUUCUAAAUAUUAAAAAUUAGUAAAUUAAUAUUGGAUCAUUUAAAGAGAUUUCUAAUUGGCAGAGGGUGGGGGGUACACCUGAUUUUUAGGCUUAUAGUUUUUAUGUGAUACUUGUUUGUUCACAGAAGGAACUAAAUUGUUCACUUAUUAUCAUAACUUUUGGUCAAGCAAGAUGAUUGUGAAUUCUGGUAGAUUUCUACUGCCCCCAGUGAGCAAUUUGCCAGUUUUGAAAGUAUGUUGAUUCUUUUCCAGUUAAAUAAAAAUUAUCUUAUUUAUUUUUUGAGGA